GCGUGUGUCUGCGGGGAUGAGCGGCGCGUCAGGACGAGGAGGAAGGAGAGAAAAAACACACAACGGAGCAGCAGAGAGGGUGAGGUGUGCCCGGCUCAGUCAGCAUACAGAAAAAUAACCACUGCGAGCUUUUUCUGUCAUGAAGUGAGGAGCCCUGCGGUCCGCACCGACGCUUCUUGUUGCUGUUUCGGUUGAAAAAAAGAGGAAAAAAGAGUGUGAAAACAGAAACGUCUGCCGGAAUGGAGAGCCACCGCUGACGGAGAUUCCCGAGCUGCUCUGAUAACAACAGGUCUUAUCCGCUGAGCCCAUCUUCCCCUCCAAAAUCUUUAAGCAACCGACAAAGAGCUGGAGCCCAGACGAUCAAGCAUGGAUGUGCCCAGGAUGGCUGAGGGCCUCUUCAGCAGCACGCUGUCCUCGUCGGGUGGCGGCCAUCACGUGCCUUCCUACCUGACGCUGGAGCAGAAGGCAGCCUUCGUCUUUGUGCUGCUGCUCUUCAUCUUCUUGGCCCUGCUCAUCGUGCGCUGUUUCCGCAUCCUGCUGGACCCCUACCGCAGCAUGCCCUCGUCCAACUGGACUGACCACACCGAGAAGGACACGUUCGAUUACCGCAUCGUUUGAGGGGCCCUGCGGGUGCACAAGUUGGAGCGGAAAAGAAUAAGAUAAAAGACUGAUUUGAUGCUUAAAAAGCCCUUUGGCCCUACGAACAAAUGACUGCUGAUUCACCAGGAAAACAACAGCUUUCGGAAGAUCUUCUGAAAGUUCGGACUGAAAAGAAUUUCGAUUGGCGGUUUGUCGUCAAAAUGAGACCUAACCAACAGCUUCUCCCUGCCAAAUCAGAAAAUUCUCAACUAUAACAAGACAACCAGAACUAUCUAUGCUAUGAAGAUUAUUGAUCAAACCGAAAACUAUCAUGACCCUCAGCACCAGAGACACUUACUGUUACCCAUAAUUCCCUUUCCCUGCCAUCAGUUCUCUUGUGGACUACCUCGUUCCUCCUCCAUCUCAUGUGCGAAAGACUUAGUAUUUUCUCACAUCUCACACAGGGUCAGAUAUCUUUUGAGGUCCAAGCCAAUUGGAUAAUAACAGUGUUUACAUCUUAUCAUGUUUACGUCCUUAGAUUUUUAUUGAUAAUGUAGACAAUCAGUGUUUAAAACUGUUAGUGAAAAAAGAAUUUGCAGAGUAAAUAGUUGAGGUCUUUUGUUUUUUACAUUUUUUUUUCUUAAUUUGUGGACAGACAUGAGCGGUCCAAAAGAAUUUGUAUGACUGAUUUAGGCGAAGAGGAAUUUAAUGCCUUACUGUAUGUCUUUGUGAGAUAUUCUGUGGUGGUCAUUUCCUUCUUGACAGUUAAGUAAGGCUGGUUUCAAGGUUAUAAAGCAGGUUACAUAAACACAAAGAAAGAAACUGUAGUGGAAAAGUUGUCCCUUUAAUGUUCUGGAAAGGUUUGGACAGAUAGAUGCCAGCAGUGAGUAACUGUAACUGUUCUGUGUGUGCCAUAAAAAAUCCUUUCAGACUUGGAAGGGACCUGUGGUGUCCACGUCUUUAGAUGUCAACAACCAAAAGAGGUAUUGAAGAAAAAAAGUUUACUGUGCUGUACCUUGUGCCUAAUUUGAAAAAAAAAGAAGUUUAGAUCGAU